AUGGCUGCGCCCACUCUUCUUCUGUUAGGUUCUCUAGCCAUGUUGUUUGCCUUUGCCUUUGCAUCUGACCCAUCAUCCCUCCAAGACUUCUGCGUCGCGGAUCCAAUGAGCCCAGUGACAGUGAAUGGCUUUCCCUGCAAGGAUCCCUGGGAGGCUAAAGGAGAAGAUUUCUUCUUCAGUGGUUUUCACUUAGCAGGAAACACAUCGAAUGCAGUAGGGUCUAGAGUUACACCAGUGAAUGUAGAACAGAUUCCUGGACUCAACACUCUUGGCAUCUCCCUUGCCCGCAUCGACUACGCACCAGGGGGAAUCAAUCCUCCCCACACUCACCCUCGCGCCUCGGAAAUCUUGACAGUACUAGAUGGCCAACUGGAAGUUGGGUUUGUCACUUCAAAUCCUGAUAACGAUCAUAUUGUGAAAAUAUUGAACAAGGGCGAUGUGUAUGUGUUUCCAAUUGGACUAAUCCAUUACCAGAGGAAUUUUGGAUCGAGUAAUGCCGUUGCCAUUGCAGCUCUUAACAGCCAAAACCCUGGUGUUAUCACCAUUGCAAAUGCAGUCUUCGGGGCUAAUCCGGAAAUCAACAGUGACAUUCUUGCCAAGGCAUUCCAGUUGGAUAAGAAUGUCAUUGCUUUUGCUCAAUCCAAGUUCUAAAUUGCAGAAAUUAAGGAUUAUGUUAUGCAGCUGUAGCUAUUGAUGCUGUAGUUCUAGUGCGUUUGUGUUUUCCUUUUCCUUCCUUGUGUGAGGGGAGA